AUUGAAAUAAUCUUAACUUUUCCAUACUGUGUAGCUCAUAUAUUAUUUAUAACAAUAUUUGCUUUGUAAAUAUUUCUAUGCACUCAAUGCAAUUUUGUAGCUCAGUUUUGCACCCAGUGAGCAAAUUCUAUUUCAUUAUAAUAAUAAGAAUCACAGAAGCAUUUUUCUAACCUUAUCUUUAAAAAAAUUAAAAAGUACAGUAUACAGUAUCGUACCGUAUAUUGAAAUAAUCUCAACUUUUCCCAUAGCUCAUAACAAUAUUCAAUAUUUUGAUCCACUCAAUGCAAUAUUUUAUAGCUCAGUUUAGCACCUAGUCAGCAAAUUCUAUACAUAAUGAAAGAAGAAUAAUAGAAACAUUUUUCUCAACAGGAAUUCGAAUUGGCACCAUAUUUGAAAAGCAAAAUAAUUUAACACAAUUGUUUCCUGGAAGAUGUGAGAUUUUUAAAAACAUUUUUCUCAACAGAAAUUCAAAUUGGCACCAUAUUUGAAAAUCAAAAUAAUUUCACAAAAUUGUUUCCUAGAAAAUGACCGAUGUGAAAGAAGAUGGAGUGAGGAGGGAAGGUGGAAAAGAGGAACAAUUAUUGAAGUCUCAAACCUUUCUGAGCUAUGCAAGAAUGGACACAGAAUUUGGCACCAUUCAAGUGAAGUUGCUGACCGAGAAAGGGUGUGAUGAUGAUAUAUGCGGUUGGUAUAAAGUAUCAGAAUUCAAGCCGAGACAGGAUGAUGAUCUGGCAGAGAAAACGAAAAGUUGGAACUAUGCGAUGCGCCUGGUUCCGGUGGACAGCAGUAGCGAAAAAUCCUCCAAACAAAAACAUGGAUUUGAAAUUAUUGUUUUGAGAAAAAAAGAGCGAGGUAGUUUGGGCUUUGAACUCCCUCGAAAUGGUGUAGUUCACAUAUCAGAAGCAAUCAACGGAAAAGACGAUGGAAUGAGACUGGAAGACUCUGGACCAUUUCAGAGAAGAAGUCACUUUUUGAGAAGGUCAAGUGAUGGGUUGACAAAUUCAGAUGGCGACAUUCGAUGGUCUAGUGGACUGGAUGAUUCAGGAUUGCACACGAGUUUCCUUAGAAGCUCUCGUAAUCGUCGAUCUACAAGGGAUAGCAGGAUGCUUGCCAACACCAACCUGGGCACUCUGAGCAUAGCCCAGCCAUAUGCUCCUUCCACUGUCGCCACUGACAUUCAGUAUACCAGAGAGUCUUAUAUGGCAACCGUUCAACAGCGAGAUACAGAAGAGGAAAAUAAGCUCAGUUGUGAAAAGGUACUUGCAUACCGUCAAUCAGCACUGCAGAGAAAGAGCACAAUUACUGGAUGUUCAGGAGAAAUGAAUUACAGUAAGAUUUUCCCGAAAACAGCUCCUGUUAGAUACAACAAGAGUGCAUUGCCUGAAUCAGAAAUCAAAGAUUCUGAUGAUGACACCAGUACUGUGCUGCUGCUUCCUGCAAGUAAAACUUCAUCUCUCUCUUCAACUAAUGAAAAGCCAGAGAGGCCUAUGUUUCCUAAAACGCCACUUGAUGAGCCUUUUGGAUCCCUAUUAGAUACUGACGAGACAGGCAUUAUCAAGCAAUCAAAGAAAUUCGGUUACUCCAAAUCAUUUAUCGAAUUUCCUCGGGAAAGUAUGGAAAGUGAUAUUGAUUAUACGCCCAAAAUGCAGUAUGGAUCAAAACUGGACAUCGCGGGCCCCUCAUGGAGAGAAAUAAGUUGGGAAGAGAGGAUGGAUGAUGAAUCUGACUCUUAUAUUGAGCUGGAGGGUUCAAUUCUGUCAGUGAAAGAUUUGCGAUCGGAAAAUGAACUGGAAAUUGUCGUUUACUCACCGUCAGAUGACAAAUCAGCUCAGUCGGACAACAGUCGAUCAAAUUCGUCUGGAAAUGAGCAAACGCUUCGUUAUGUGUCAAUCCCGAGACAGAAAAUUCAAGAUUUCCUGACGAAAGGCAUUGGCGUCAAAAAUCAAUCGUUUAUUGAGGAUAAUGAUGCAAAUAAGGUGAAACAGAUAUCUGUCAAAAGAAAACCGUGAAGAUGGCAUGAAAAAUUGGGUACCAUACCAAGCUACUGUACCAAUAAGAAUAUCAUGCAUAUAUUAUUCAGAUUACAAAAAUCGUUUCAAUGCAUCUUAGUAGGAAAGAAUGAACAAGAACAAGCAGAUGAGGACCACAUUUUUUAGGGAAAGAGUUAUAUAAUAUAAUUUUUUUAAAAGAAGAAUCGGACUAUUUUCAACCAAACUCACCCUAGGUACAUAGGAAAACACACAAUUUUUGAUACAGAGCUGAUUUUUAUUCAAGUUAAUAAUAAAUACAUUUCUUUCUGAAAAUA